AUGAGCCAGGGGCCAAAUCUCGUCCUUGAGUGGCUGUCAAAGCUCCAUCUGGCCCAGUAUGUGGAGUCGUUCAUCGACAACGGGUACGAUGAUUUGGAGGUUUGUAAGCAGAUCGGUGAACCAGACCUGGAUGCCAUAGGUGUCUGCAUUCAGUAUCACAGACACAGGCUGCUCACGGCAGUGCAGAGGCUAAAAGAGGAGCACAGCAGAGAAGCACCGGGCUACUAUUUCACCUUGGAACCUCUGGAUGCCUCUACGUGCCACAACACUUCACACACGAACAGAGGAGAGGAGGACUUCAGGACACUGAGGUCACACGCACAGACCAAAGGAAUACACCAGGCCUCCUGUCCUGGAAACCACAAUCUGAGAGUCACAGAUUGUAAUGACUUUGUGACGUAUCCCAAACUGAAACUGAAGGUACUGAUAAGGGAUAAACUUGCUAAAGAUGGGAUUAACCUGGGCGAAGCACCUUACUCCCAUAAGGAUGGCUCGGUGGGGAACCUUGAUGACCUGGCUCAGGAGUACUCUCAGUAUUACGGCACCUCCCUCAGCGACGUGUGUGAAAGAAUGGAGGAGCUGCGGAAACGCAAAGUAGUGCAUGAUGCAGAGAUGGGAAAGGUUGACUCAGUGGCCACAUCAGUGCAGCUUCGCUCUCAGAUCCAGGAAUCCCUUGGACUCAGCAGUGCCACGUCCACUCCAGAGACAGAAAGAAGGUUUCCUGUGCACAAAUCUAGCUCUGAUGAUGGAUCAUCAGGAGGAAAACUGGAUGGAAAGAGAAAGAGCAAGUCAUUUUGGCAGAGUUUCCGAAAGUCACAGAAAGGAGUGAUGCGUCAGAUUUCAAAAGGUGAUGACGUUGGUUUUGUGGCCAGUGAAAUUACCAUGAGUGAUGAAGAGCGUAUCCAGCUGAUGAUGAUGGUGAAGGAGAAUAUGAUCUCUAUAGAGGAAGCCCUGGCUCGGCUGAAGGAGUUUGAGAUACAAAACAGACACACGUGCAGGUCUGAUCCCUCAGAGUGGACCGAUCCCUCCAGUCCCAACACAAAUGAGUCGUUCAGCUGCAACCCCUGUGACAUGUCAGACAAUGAGCAAGAAGAACCUGUUACGUUCAGGAGGCUCCAUAAACUGGUCAACUCAACCCGGAAGGUGAAGAAGAAGCUGAUCAGAAUUGACGAGUCUAAGAGGCCUGGAGCAGAGGAGAGCCUAAGUGUAGACGGUCUUCCCUGUGGAGAUGCUAGCACCUCCCUGUACUCAGGUGGGCUGAAGAAGCCUGCGGUUUGCCCCAUGGACUCCCUGGCUUCAGCUCUGCAGGAGCAGCUCAUGUAUGAAAGGGACUCUGACAGCUUGACCACCUCGCCCUCCUCUAGCAGUCUGGACACCUGCAGCAGCCAGAAAAUCUUCCAGACCUUUAGCAAGUCUAGUGAGAGCCCUAUCCAUCAGGCGACAAAUGUAACAGAGGAGGUGAGGGAGGCGGGUGAGGGCAGUGGCUCUUCAUUUUCUGAAACAGAGGGUUGCCAUGAGGAGGAGCACAAACUUGCUCGCUCAGUGACUGAUGGAGAGCUCCGUCACCGCAUCCUCAGCCCGCUCAGCCACCACGGGAGAGCUUGUAGCUUUGGAGGAUUUGACCUGACCAGUCGCUCAGUGCAUGCAAUCCCCUCUGACAGUGGCACUAAAAAAGAUGGAGAUGGUGGUGGUGUGAGGGAUGCAGUGAAGUCUCCACCAACCUCACGUAUUUCCCUGGGCAAAAAAGUCAAGUCUGUGAGAGAAACGAUGAGAAAACACAUUUCCAAGAGAUACCACUGUUCUCUCUCUGAACAGUCAAGCCCAGACCACAUAUCCAGCUGCCCUCACUCACCUCAGAUAGACUCUGACUCUUUGGAGAAACCCAAACUGAAGCCAGGAGGGUCUGUAGAAAGCCUGAGGAGUUCCCUCAGUGGACAAAGUUCCAUGAGUGGUCAGACAGUGGGCACCACUGACUCCUCCAACAGCAACAGAGAGAGCGUGAAGUCCGAGGACGGGGAAGAGGAUGAGCUGCCUUACCGCGGGCCCUUCUGUGGACGUGCUCUGGUUCAUACUGACUUCACCCCCAGUCCCUAUGACACCGACUCCCUCAAACUGAAGAGCGGGGACGUCAUCGAUAUCAUCAGUAAGCCCCCGAUGGGUACGUGGAUGGGGAUGCUCAACGGUAAAGUCGGCACCUUCAAGUUUAUUUAUGUGGAUGUCCUGAAUGAAGAGGAGAUGAAGCCCAAAAAGACACGCAGGAGGAGGAGGGCCCGGCAACCCAAACCCACCUCUGUGGAGGAGCUCCUUGAUCGCAUCAACCUCAAAGAGCAUCUUCCCACCUUCCUUUUUAACGGCUAUGAGGACCUGGACACGUUCAAGCUGCUGGAGGAGGAGGACCUGGAUGAGCUGAACAUUAGAGAUCCCCAGCACAGAGCUGUGCUGCUCACCGCUGUGGAGCUGCUGCAGGAGUAUGAUGGAAGCAGCGACCCAGAGCGAGGCAGUCAGUCUGGAGGCUCACAGGAGAAGCUGCUCCUGGACAGGCGUGGCCUCAUGGGAGAUUCCCCGCGAGACUCAGGCUGCUACGAGAGUAACGAGAACCUGGAGAACGGGAGGGACAAAAAGGCUUCUUCAGCCCUGAGCAGGUCCUCCUCUGGUUUCGAGUCAAGUAACCUCUCAUCCCCAGAGUACCCUGCCCUCACCCUGACCCUGUCCUCCACCAGCACCAGUAAGACUUUACUCCACAGUAAACCAGGAUGCCAGCCCUGUGUCUUAUCGUCACUAAGACCCCCUAAGGACAGCUUAAGUCUCCUAAUCUCGGCAAAAGAUCAUCUUCCCAGUAGAGCCAUUGGAAGGAGCCAUAGCUGCAUGGAGCUAAGAAGAAAGCCAGCACUGGGGCCACUGAGGCGCUGCCUCUCCCUGUCUGACCUCCACAAAGAGCGGAAGAAAAAACUCAUCAACCCUAAAGACCGGAAUCUGACCCCAAGUAUCAAGACUAACAAGAGCACAGAGGAAACAGUAAAUCCUCAUUUUAAGGUGGUGUUUCCAUCCUCUGGAUGUAAUGUGGACACAGGCAGUGUGUUUGCUCCUAAACAAGGAGAAACAGCACGGAGCACACAUCUCAACCUGCCACCCACAGUAUGGACCAAUCACCCCGUAAAUACGCCUUCUUUGCCAAACUCACACCAAGAGCCUUCACUAGCAGAAACCGCCUGCAUGUACAACUACACAAACCACAUCUCUUCAGAGAAUAGGAGGAGUCAUUUAAUUUCAGCCACUUCUGAAGCCUGCCGGCUGAAAAUGAAAAAACGAAAGAAGACAUCGAUAAACUCCGUAAAUCUGGGAUCCCUGACGGAAGAAAGGCUCCAGCUGCAGGGUACUGACCUCAAAAUGGAGCCACUUCCUGAAAACUUAUUGGCAUCAGAUGUACAGUAAGGUGUUGUUUUACAUAUGUUAAUUGCUGCUGUUGGAUAAUGACCAUGUUUUGUUUUUUAGGAUGUUUGAAAUACUGAUUUUUUUUUUUUAAAUAGCCAAUGCUUUCUAAAAAUGUAAUCAUGUAUUAUAAGACCUACCAAAAUGCUGUUGUGUGACAUAAAACAUCUGAGAUGAAAACAUACACAAACGUAAACGAAUUAUGCAGCAUUUUAUCAUGUUUAUGUCCUGAACUAUGUAUUUACACCACAGUCACUAGUUCAGAUGUUCUCUAUUCAGUAGAAUUCAGUCUGUACAGAAAACUGCCUUUCUUUUUUCUUUUUUUUUUUCACCGUAAAUCCGACAAUUAUCCAUUACUGGAUUUACUGUAGAUCAACAUUUUCAGCAGAUUUUAAGAGUUAAUUAAUAUAUAUGGACUCUCCUUAACUGUUACAGUAGGAAAAGCACAGGAGUGAACAAUAAAUAAUAUUAUUAGUUAAACCUGUGCUUUUCCUUUUAUGACAUGUAAACUGUUGACAAAAAAUGUAAUAGUUGAACAACUGCAUUCCAACAAGUGGGCCUUUGUUUUUAGAUAUAAACAUGAAUUAUUUCACUUCAGUUUCAAAUCAGUGAUUUAUGUAGAGAAUUUUCUAGUUCAUUAAUUUUAAGUUUUCUUUGACACAUACAUUGUAAAAAUGCUAACAAGGCUGUUAAUCACCCUUCUACUCUCACAUCAAUAAAUUUUGGUUUCUUUGAAUGAAGUUCAUCACUCUGACAGUAGAUCUCUGCACCAUUACUGGCACCACAUUGUAAAAUUAAAGUAGUCCCAUACAUGAUAACCAUCAUCAUUA